AGUUUUAGUAAAUAACCCCCUAAAAGUCUCACACACAUUAGUUCUAUUAGGACAAACCAUAACCCAUAUACAUAAGAAUAAUAAUCUUUGUAAUAGUUAUGUCCACCAUUAACAACACUGUUUGGGCACAAGGCCUCUUUGCUAUACUAAAUAUAAAUCAAAAAACUGCUUAACAAGGAACACAGUGAGGAAUCUUAUGGGGAUGCCUCUCAACCUGAACAAACUAAAUGAGCAACAAACUAAAAAGAAAAGCUUGCAAUAUUUAUUCUUUUUGUCUAUUUACUGAGUUGAUCUAAAAUAAUGUUUUCCUUUACCAGGUCUGCAAUGAACAUGGAUUUGACAAACUAUGCCCGGACCCAACUGGCUGGAUAGACCUCGAACAAUGUGUUGGAUCAGGAGGAUUUGGAGUAAUCCAUAAGGCAUGGCAUUUUAAGGAAAAGAAAGAAGUGGCCAUAAAAGUGAUAAAAGACCUUAGGGAUAAUGAAGAGAUCCUUGCUGAACUGUACGUACUUGAACGCGUUUCUGGCCACGACAACUUCCCUGCCUUUUAUGGAGCCUUUUAUCUACGGCCCAGCAUUUCAAAUGAAGAGGCGCUAUGGAUUGCUAUGACAAUGUGUGCUGGUGGCUCCGUAGACGCCUUAAUUAGGAGCACGCCCAAUAGAUCCUUGGAUGAGACCUGGAUUUCAUACAUAUGCAAGAAAGUUUUACAGGGCCUGGAUUACUUACAGGAACUGAACGUGAUACAUCAUGAUCUCAAGGGCGCCAAUAUAAUGUUAACUUCUACGGCCCGUGUGAAGAUAAUUGAUUUUGGCCUUGCCACAAUAGGGCCCAUCAGUACAAGUAAUGCAGGAACCCGCUGUUGGAUGGCACCUGAAGUCCAUGCAUGUUUUACAGGAAGUGUACAUUAUAACUACAAGGUGGAUGUGUGGUCUUUAGGAAUCACAGCCAUAGAAAUGGCAGAAUACAAUCCUCCACACAUUAAACUCCGUGGUGCUGAGCUUUCCGAAAGGAUUAUGAAUGGUCCAGCUCCAGCUCUAAAAGAGGAUAUAUGGAGUAAUAAAUUCCACAGAUUUAUUAAUAAAUGCCUUCAGAAGGAUCCAGCCAAAAGACCAUUCGCAAAGGAACUCCUACUAAACCGAUUCAUCACAUAUAAUCGAGAUGAAGACGAGGUGCAAUAUAGCAUAGCAGAGCAUAUACAGAAAGGAGCAAAGAAAUAAGACAUUCAAGUUAAAGAUUCUCUUGCAACACCUCAUUAAGAAGACUUUGUCAAGACUUAGGAAGGAAAUGGAAGAACAAUAUAUAAAUCCCAAAAUGGAUUCUACCCUUGCAAGAUCUGAAAUGUGGCUCCUUCAUUAUGUUCCCAAAAGGGAAAGGAGGGAAAGGGUUGGGAACACAAUGUAGGAGCCACAGUCCAUCUACUUUGGAUACUUUACCAAAUGUUUAUUUUUAUAUAAUCUAUUUAAAUGUAUAUUUAUUUUUAUAUAUUAAU